UACCACCACCAGAUCUCAUCCGGAUAUGUAGGCCUACUUUGCCGUGUCUCUGUCUAAAGAUCUCUCUCUCCCCCUUCUCCCAUCUCGUCUCCGUCUGUCUCGAAGGAGCUGUCACUUGAAUCUAAUGACACGCCAGGCAAACCCUUGAUCGACGGUCCAAAAUACUCGCGUAGCCCCGUGGUCCUCCCUUGUCUCCGGUGUUCUGCAACCCCAUCUCUCUCUCUCUCUCGCUCGCUCGCUCGCUUUAGUCUUCUUUCUCUUUUACUCCACUCCAAGCUUUCUCGCCCUUCGUCAACGGCGGCCGCUGCGGACGAACCCUGAACCCCUCGCUGCGAAGCGAGAAGGGAUAAAUAAAUCGAAGCCUUGUUCAAUCGCAGCCAGCAUGGUGGUAGUGGUGGUGGCCGCGUAGAUGGGGUCGCUGGAGACGGGGGUUUCGCUGAAGAGGGCGCCGCUGCUCCGGUCGUCGCCCUCGCUCGGCGGGCGGUCCAUCUUCCACCGGCCAAGAUCCAGGCUAGCUCGGUUCCUCCUGUUCGAGAAGGUCGACUACCUGCAAUGGAUUUGCACCAUGGCCGCGUUCUUCUUUGUUGUCAUUCUCUUCCAGGCGUUCUUGCCUGGUUCCGUGAUGGAGAAAUCGGCGGGUUUGGGUUGGAAUAAGGGUUCGGGGGAGGGGGAACGAGGGAUGCUGGAAAGGAUCGAGGGGUUGGAUUUUGGGGAGGGGAUCAGGUUCGUGCCGUCGAAGCUGCUGGAGAGGUUCGAGAAGGAGAGGAAGGAGGCGAAUUUGUCAUUGAUGGCUUUGGGGAGGCCGGUGAAGCAGGUCGGGCUUCUAAAGCCGCGGCUGGCGUUGGUGGUUCCGGAUCUGUCGUCAGAUGCCAUCCAGUUGCAGAUGGUCAGCAUUGCUGCUGCUUUGAAGGAGAUUGGCUAUGAUAUCGAGGUUUUCUCAUUUGAAGAAGGUCCUGCUCUUGCUGCUUGGAGGGCUGUAAGAAUACCUGUUUAUUUUCUGCCUAUCAACACAACACCAGAGAUUACUGUUGAUUGGCUUGACUAUUAUGGCAUUCUUGUGAGUACUCUUGAGGCAAAACCAGUACUUUCAUGUCUUUUGCAGGAGCCUUUCAAAUCUAUACCCGUCAUAUGGACUAUACAUGAAAGGUCCCUAGCUCUUCGUCUUAGUCAAUAUGCAACAAAUGGCCAGGUUCAGCUUAUAAAUGACUGGAAACAAGUUUUUAAUAGAGCUACUGUUGUAGUGUUUCCGACCUAUGUAUUGCCGAUGAUGUAUUCAGGAUUUGAUUCGGGUAACUAUUUUGUUAUUCCGGGUUCUCCUGCUGAAGCAUGGGGAGCAGAUAGAUUUUCUGCUGAACACAGUGACCAUGAUUUAAGAGUUAAUAUGGGCUAUGAAUCAGAGGAUCUUCUUAUUGCUAUUGUAGGCAGUCAAUUUACAUACAGUGGUAUGUGGCUAGAGCAGGCACUCAUCUUGCAAGCAUUGGCACCACUGCUUAAUGAGUUUCCAUCUGAAAACACUUCUCAUUUUCUGCUAAAAGUCGGCAUUUUGAGUGGGAAUUCAACUAGCGCAUACAAGAUGGCUAUAGAGACCAUUGCUUUAAAAGCUGGCUAUCCAAGAGGUGUUGUGGAGCAUGUUGUUUUUGAUGAAGACAUGAACAGUUUUCUUGGAAUAGCAGACCUUGUAGUAUAUGGUUCAUUUCUUGAGGAGCAGUCCUUUCCUAAAGUGCUAAUGCAGGCUAUGAAUCUUGGAAAACUGGUUAUUGCUCCUGAUCUGGGCAUGAUUAGAAGAUAUGUUGAUGAUAGGGUGAAUGGAUAUCUUUUUCCAAAGAAGAAUAUUGGCAGGCUAACUGAGAUUAUACUUCAAGCAGUCUCAAAUCGGAAAUUGUCUUUAUCUGCCCAGAAAAUUGCAUCACUUGGCAAAGUGCAUGCCAGAAACCUGAUGGCUUCUGAAAGUAUCCAAGGCUAUGCAUGGUUACUAGAAAAUAUUCUCAAAUUUUCAUCAGAAAUUGCAUCUCCCAAGGCCGCCGAAGAGAUCCCUUUAAGACUGAAAGAAGAAUGGCAAUGGCAUCUGUUUGAAAAUGUUUCAGAUGCAAAAAAUUUAAAUAGAAGUUUCAGAAGCUAUAAAAUAUUAGACAAGCUUGAAGAGCAAUGGAGUAGUAGUCAAAUGGAAAGCGCAGCUAAUACUACCUUGAUGAUUGAUGAAGCAUUCUCCUCAAUAGCUUGGGAGGAAGAAAAAAGAAUCGAGAUGGUUAAUUUCAGAAGGAGAUUAGAAGAAGAAGAGUCGAAGGACAGGAGUGACCAGCCUCAUGGAACUUGGGAGGAAGUUUACCGGAAUGUCAAAAGGGCUGACAGGACAAGGAAUGAAUUGCAUGAGAGGGAUGAUAGGGAGCUUGAGCGGACAGGGCAGCCCCUAUGUAUAUAUGAACCUUAUUUUGGGGAAGGAACUUGGCCUUUUCUGCAUCAUACCUCGCUCUAUCGUGGAAUUGGCCUUUCCACCAAAGGCCGAAGACCUGGAGCUGAUGAUAUAGAUGCUUCUUCCCGUCUUCCACUUCUGAGCAAUGCAUAUUACCGAGAUGUACUUGGUGAAUAUGGAGCCUUCUUUGCUUUAGCUAAUCGAAUUGAUCGUAUCCACAAGAAUGCUUGGAUUGGAUUCCAAUCUUGGAGAGCAUCUGCGAUGAAGGCCAUUGAAGCCAAGAGGCAUGGGGAUACUCUUUACUUUUGGGUUCGAAUGGACAAGGAUCUGAGAAAUCCACUACAACUAGAUUUUUGGACAUUUUGUGAUGCCAUCAAUGCAGGAAACUGCAGAUUUGCUGUUUCUGAGGCUCUUCGGAGGAUGUAUGGUGUACAGCAUGAUUUGAACUCAUUGCCACAAAUGCCUAAGGAUGGAGAUUCUUGGUCUGUUAUGUAUAGCUGGGUCUUACCAACAAGGUCUUUUCUUGAGUUUGUCAUGUUCUCAAGAAUGUUUGUAGACGCAUUGGACACACAGAUGUACGAUGAGCACCAUCAAAGCGGGCAUUGUUGUUUGAGUGUAUCUAAGGACCGCCACUGCUAUUCUCGUGUGCUAGAACUUCUGGUGAAUGUAUGGGCAUACCACAGUGCACGGCGGAUGGUAUUUGUGAACCCUGAGACUGGAGCAAUGCAAGAACAGCACAAGCUGAAGAGCCGGAGAGGUCAUAUGUGGAUCAGAUGGUUCUCAUAUGCCACCUUGAAGAGCAUGGAUGAGGAUUUGGCAGAGGAAUCAGAUUCCGAUCACCCUGGUCGGAGAUGGCUGUGGCCUUCAACUGGUGAAGUCUUUUGGCAGGGUAUGUAUGAGAGGGAGCGAAACUUGCGCCAGCAGCAGAAGGAAAGAAGGAAACAACAGAGUAAAGAUAAAAUUCGAAGAAUAAAGAAGCGGGCACGCCAAAAAACCCUUGGAAAGUACAUAAAACCACCACCUGAUGAGACCGGUGAUUUGAACACUACGAGAACUCUUUGAUCGUUACUUACCUUACAAAUCUUUUCAUGAUUCUUUUUUCCCCAUUGUCUUAUUUUUUGUCUCCCCCUACAUAGUUAUUGCAGGGUGCACAAAUGUGAUUAGAUUUGUUACUCUUUUUCAUUUUAUUUUUAGUUUUUCAGCAUUGUAUUAUUAUUGCUCUUUUUCAUUUUGUUUUAGUUUUUCAGCGUUGUAUUCUUAUUGCUGAGUCUUGGAGCAAAUCCAAUGGCAAUUAAAGAUGUAAUUAUAUCAUUCCUUACGACUCCAUUGUUAUUGUGCUGCUAGAGGGAAAAAAAGGGGAAUGCAUGAAUUAGACCUUCUGGACUAGGUUUCACUAUCCCA